AUGGUUGCCAUCCACUCCCUCGUCUCAAUGCUCGCAUUGGCCUUCGCAGCCUCUGCAGCACCAACAGUCAACAUCGAAGCUCGUCAAAGCUCCAUUGCCGGCCUCAAAUUCUUCGCUCCUGAUAACCACGAGUGCGAGAAGAACGGUGACCCUUUCAUCGCACACUUCAACGUCUUCACACCACCCGCCGCCCCUGGCCAACAUGUCACUGGUGUCUGCUAUGAUGGUGGAUCCUAUGGCUCGUUGUUCGUCGAGAACAUCAACGCGCCUUGCAAGUUCCAGAAGCACAUCAGCAACCAAUGUGUCGACAACCCUAUCGAGACCAUUACUGUCGGUGGCUGCAACACGAUUGGAGCUCCUGUUGAGGGUUACUGGAAGAUUGUCUGUUAG